AUGUCUUCUCCUGAUUUAAAAACUUUAGCCACUGAAAAAGAAGCUGUUGAAGCACAUAUUGAUAACGAAGAAGAGUUUGAAGAGUUUCCUAUUGAAGAAUAUAAAACUAGUACAGUUACAGGAGUACAGACAAAAGUUUGUCAACUAGAUGAUUGGGAUGAUGAAAAACCUAAGAUGUCUUUUUCUCAAAUGAUUAAACAAGGAAAACCAUAA